UGCGGAGCGGGCCGGGUGGCUGUAGCGCCGCCGCGGGGCUGGACCGCCCUUUCCCCCGUGCCCCCCCGUCCGCCGAAGAGUCCGGCCACGCUCUCUUCCCUCCUGCUUCCUCACUGUGGUGGCUGGGCUAUUUCUCCCAUGACUCUCUGCGUCUAGACCUGGCUGUCCUGUGCCUUUGCCAAUCAAACCUGAACUUCUCCUCUACCAGUGAAGAGAGAGGGCUCCUGCCCUUCUGGGUCACUUAUCUUCCCCUCACCUUGACACCAAGCCACACCUCUGCUUGUGCCUCCCGGUGCCCUCCGCCCCCGCCCUGCCCGUCCUGGGCACCCAUCACCCAUGGACGACUCGGAGGUGGAGUCGACCGCCAGCAUCCUUGCCUCUGUCAAGGAGCAGGAGGCGCAGUUCGAGAAGCUGACGCGGGCGCUGGAGGAGGAGCGGCGCCAUGUCUCAGCCCAGCUGGAGCGAGUGCGCGUCUCCCCGCAGGACCCCGGCCCGGGCUUGGCCAACGGCACGCUCACCCGGCGGCACCAGAACGGCCGUUUCUUGGGCGAUGCUGACCUGGAAAGGCAGAAAUACCCAGAUCUGAAGCUCAACGGGCCGCAGGACCACAGCCACCUCUUGUACAGCACAAUCUCCAGGAUGCAAGACCCAGGUCAAAUUGUGGAGGAGACGUACACCAUGGAGGAGGACCCGGAGGGAGCCAUGUCGGUUGUGUCUGUGGAGACAUCGGAUGAUGGGACAACUCGGCGUACAGAGACCACGGUGAAGAAAGUGGUGAAGACUAUGACCACCCGGACGGUGCAGCAGGUGCCGAUGGGGCCUGACGGGUUGCCUUUGGAGACCUCCCCUGUCACCAGCAACUAUGUCCAGACCAUGGACAGGAACUUCCGCAAGAACGGCAAUGGUGGCCCUGGUGGCUACCUGGGCCAGCCAGGCACGGCCACCCUCCCCCGUAACUACCACUACCCCGACGGCUACAGCCGCCCCUACGAGGACGGUUACCCGAGCAGCGACCACAGCUACGGCAGCCUGUCCCGUGUCACCCGCAUCGACGAGCGCUACCGCCCCUCCAUGGACACCUACCGGGCCCCCAGCCGCCAGGACAUCUACGGCCCCCAGCCGCAGGUGCGUGUCGGGGGCAGCAACAUGGACCUCAACCACUUCCACCCUGAGCCGUAUGGCCUGGAGGAUGACCAGCGCAGCAUGGGCUUCGAAGAUGUGGACUACGGGCUUAUGUCUGACUAUGGCACGGCCAGGCGGGCAGGGACCCCGUCCGACCCUCGGCGACGGCUCAGGAGUUAUGAAGACAUGCUGGUGGACGAAGUGGCCCCUGACCGGUACUACUGGGCCCCUCUGGCUCAGCACGAGCGGGGUAGCUUGGCCAGCCUGGACAGCCUGCGCAAGGGCGGCCCAGCCCCGGGCAACUGGCGCCAGCCGGAGCUGCCGGAGGUGAUCGCCAUGCUGAGCUUCCGGCUGGACGCCGUCAAGUCCAACGCCGCUGCCUACCUGCAGCACCUCUGCUACCGGAACGACAAGGUGAAGACAGAGGUGCGCAAGCUGAAGGGCAUCCCUGUGCUGGUGGGAUUGCUGGACCACCCCAAGAAGGAGGUGCACUAUGGUGCCUGUGGAGCCCUCAAGAACAUCUCCUUUGGCAAGGACCAAGACAACAAGAUUGCCAUCAAGAACUGUGACGGGGUACCUGCUCUGGUACGCCUGCUGCGGAAGGCCAGUGACAUGGACCUCACGGAGGUCAUCACAGGAACACUGUGGAACCUGUCCUCGCAUGACUCCAUCAAGAUGGCUAUUGUGGAUCACGCACUGCAUGCUCUGACUGAUGAGGUCAUCAUUCCCCGCUCAGGCUGGGAGCGGGAGCCCAAUGAGGACUCCAAACCGCGCCAUAUUGAGUGGGAGUCGGUGCUCACCAACACUGCUGGCUGCCUUAGGAACGUGAGCUCAGAGCGGAGUGAGGCCCGUCGGAAGCUGAGGGAGUGUGAUGGGCUGGUGGAUGCCCUGAUCUACAUUGUCCAGUCUGAGAUUGGCCAGAAGGACUCAGACAGCAAGCUGGUGGAGAACUGUGUGUGUCUGCUGAGAAACUUGUCCUACCAAGUCCACCGUGAGAUCCCCCAUGCUGAACACUACCAGGAGACACCUGUGGUCCCUGCCAGCAAUGCUGGGCCCCAAGCUGCAAGCUGCUUUGGCACCAAGAAGGGCAAAGACGAGUGGUUCUCCAGAGGUAAAAAGCUCCCAGAAGAGCCUGGUAUUGAUGCAGUGGAUUUUCCCAAGAGGACAACUCCAGCCAAAGGCUAUGAGCUCCUGUUCCAGCCAGAAGUAGUCCGGAUAUACAUCUCCCUUCUAAAGGAAAGCAAGACUCCAGCCAUCCUCGAGGCUUCAGCAGGAGCCAUUCAGAACCUGUGUGCUGGCAGCUGGACGUACGGCCGCUGCAUCCGCUCGGCGCUGCGCCAGGAGAAAGGGCUCUCUGCCAUCGCAGACCUCCUGACCCACGACAGCGAGCGCGUGGUGAAAGCUGCCUCCGGAGCCCUGCGCAACCUGGCUGUCGACUUGAGGAACAAGGAGCUGAUAGGUAAACAUGCCAUCCCUAACCUAGUGAAGAACCUGCCUGGAGGCCAGCAGACUCCAGCCAAAAACUUGUCUGAGGACACAGUGGUGUCAAUCCUAAACACCAUCAACGAAGUAAUUGUAGACAACCUUGAGGCUGCCAAGAAGCUGCGAGAAACGCAGGGGAUUGAGAAGUUGGUGCUGAUCAACAAAUCUGGGAACCGGUCAGAGCGAGAAGUCAGAGCAGCUGCCCUGGUCUUGCAGACAAUCUGGGGAUACAAAGAGCUGCGGAAGCCCCUCGAGAAGGAAGGUUGGAAGAAGUCAGAUUUCCAGGUGAACCUGAGCAAUGCAUCUCGGACCCAAAGAGGCAACUCAUUUGAUGACAGCACCUCGCCUCUCAUCGACAGGAACCAAAAAACAGACAAGAAAUCCUCCCGGGAGGAGAUCCAGAUGAGCAACAUGGGGCCAGACUAUUCCACACUCAACGAGAGGGACCACAGCAGGACACUGAACCGAUCUGGUGACCUCGGAGACAUGGAGCCUGUGAAGGCAGUGCCCUUGAUGCAGGAGGAGGGGCAGGAACCACAGCCUGAGAUAGAGGAGGUGGAGGAGGAUGCUGCCAUGUAUGUCCCUGUGUCGCAGAAGAUCUAGCUGAGGUCCCUGCCUCCACUCAGUUUGGGUUGAUAAUAUAUUAUAUAUAUAAAUAUAUAUAUAAAACGCUCUUCGUGGUGGAAUGGACCGACUUUUGUCUUAGUUUGGAAUAUGUUGCUGGACUGUUUGUGCCAACUAGCCAGCCAAACGACUGGGCCUGGUCCCACAGGGGCAGCCCCACCCACUCUGCCUCUUCUAGACUGCUGCACCUCCCUCUUCUGGGACACCUCAACCAAUAACUCCUCCUUCCUGUCCACCACCACCUUCCUUCAGAGAGUAAAACCCUCCUGCUCUGCCGCUGCCGGGUCAGCUGGUGUCGUGCUGCAAAAGGACUCGGGAUCCCUGCCUUGACCAGGAGCUGCCUUCUCUCCCAUGCCUUCCCUCUGCCGAGCAGACACCUGCAGGGACAGACUGGGACCUCAGUCGCUGCCUUUUUUGGUUUUAUGGGGCGUUUUGUUGCCUAGAGGAUAUAUUUUUCUGUGAGAUCACUCUUUAACCAGGGCCGUGGGGACAAUGGGAGCAUCCCUCCCUGGUGGUGGUGAGACUAGGGGUGAGGGAGGCUGGAGUCGUCGUGGGGGGUGACGGGAAGGAGAAACAGCAAUAACUUCUCUUGCUUUGCUCUAGAUGCGGCUUUGGGGGCACAGGAAGGGGGGAUCUGGCUUUGAGUCCUGCAGAAAGGUCUGUAUGGGGCUUCUGGUCCCUACCCAGUGACUGCAAGUAGUGAUCCUUAGGUAGGGAAAAUGGUCUGUCUAGGGUGUUUGGGAUGGCCCUCCCUGCACGGGAGGUGAUGGGUCUGUGUGGAAGGAGGAGAUGCAGCACGGCUUUUGGGAAGAGGCCAGCUUCUUGAGGCGUACUGUGUGUGCCAGGUGUGAGGAGCAGGCGCUGGCAGGGCUGCAAGCAGGCAGAGCCAGGAUCCCCCCUCUCUCUCCCGCACGCCGGCUGCCCGCGGCGGUGCCCCUCUGACUCUUGACACGUGCCUUUCUUUUGCCACUGUGAAAUAGCUCUUUGAAUCGUACUGUUUGGCUUCUUCGCUGGGGAAGGGGCGUUCCUGGAAUUCUGGCAGGGCUGAGCUCUUCCCCACUGGGAGCCUUAGCUGUCUGCAGUGGGGCUGGAAGCCUCUUCCAGGGAGGGGGAAUCCCAGCACACACACACACAUCCUCCUCUCACUGAUGGGAUGCAGGGGUCUCGUCUGCACCCUGUCCUGGGAAGACUGGGCUACUGGAGAAGCUGGGAUGUACACAUCUUCCUCCCCUCUGCUGUGGUGGUGGGAGCAUAUCAAAGUGCUGUGAUCUUUAGGGAAGCCUUUGGGUUCCCUUUACAACUGGAAGCCUCUGUAGGAGGCUGCAAACUGGAUCAGGAGCCCUCCCCAUUAUGGGGUUUCCUCUAAGCAUGGGCUUGUUUAGGGAAUGGGGAGGCUGCAGAGGGCAGAACUUGGUGCCUUGCUCCUGCCCUAAAGCGCCUCCCAGCUCUGGCUGAGCCCUUCCUGACUCCAGCCCCACCUCAGCUUGGUUUGGUUUUGUUCUGUGGUCUAACUCUUCUAUUUUCCUCUAAAUAUGUAAAACACUAAUUCCUUUUUUUUUAUUUUUAAUUUCCAAUGAACCAAAAAAAAAAAGAAAAAGAAACAAAAAUGCUUCUCUUCCCUCCUCCCCUACCCUGGCAGGGAGGGGGGGGCCAGCACGGAGGGGAGUGGGGAGCAGCAGAAGCAGUUCUUUGAUUCCUGUGCACACUCUUGUAACGCUUUUAAAACAAAAUGAUUUUUUUUAUAUAAAUAAAGUUUUUAAAGUGUC